GACCUUGUGACGUACAUAAAGCACAAUGAGCGAUUGUGUGAUACGGAUUUCAGGUCAUCUGUAACGCAAUGAUCUGCACUGACAAAUGAUUAAAUAUUGUCUUUUGUUCCAUUUACUUCCUUAGUUGAUCAUUGGAACGGAUAUAUUGUGCAAUUACAUUUAUUGUGAGGGCACCUGCUCUCAUUAUUUAGGCAGCCAUUAAAAUAUCUAAAACUAACGCACAUCUUUCCUGCGCAUGUGAUAUUAUUUUGCCAGUCAACAUUACCGGGCAGUAUCAAAAAUAUUUACCGCUCAGGUAAAGGAAAUAAAAUAUAAAGAAAUAUAAGUGAGAUAUAAUAUAAAAUUUCAUAUCAAAUUCCCCCGAUGGUUUGCAAAGGAUAACAUUCAAUAUAAGUAAAACAUGACGGAACCGAUCACACCAAAGGACAUUGAAACUGCUGCCAUCAUGGAAAAUGAAUAUAAGAUUCAAGCGAUGCUCUAUAAAACAGAUCAGACAGUAACUGACUCGGGACAUGACUGUCCAAACAUAAGCACGAAUGUGGAUCAAGAAGAUAUAGAUUUGGAAGCCGUUUGCGAAUCGAGAAUGAUUUCACCUUCACAAGACGAGACACUCGCAUCACCUAACAGUUGCAAAGAAACAGUUCCUGGCUACAAAUACAGCGUUGUGCCCAUUCCACCAAACGAUACUUCAUCUUCGAAAGGCGAGACAAUUACAUCAUCUAUCAGUUGCAAUGAAGCAGUUUCUGAUUACAACAACGACGCUGUGUCCUUUCCAUCAAGCGAUACUCUAUAUUCGAAAGACGAGACACUCGUAUCGCCUGAUAGUUGCAAUGAAGUGGUUUCCGAUAAUCAAAUUAACGAUGUGCCCUUUCCACCAAGCAAUACUUCAUCGACGAGAGACGAGACACUCGCAUCACCUAUCAGUUGCAAUGAAGCAGUUUCUGAUAACAAAAAUAACGGCGUGCCCCUUCCACCAAGCGAUACUCAAUAUUCGAAAGACGAGACACUCGUAUCGCCUAAUAGUUGCAAUGAAGUGGUUUCCGAUAAUCAAAUUAACGAUGUGCCCUUUCCACCAAGCAAUACUUCAUCGACGAGAGACGAGACACUCGCAUCACCUAUCAGUUGCAAUGAAGCAGUUUCUGAUAACAAAAAUAACGGCGUGCCCUUUCCACCAAGCGAUACUUCAUCUUCGGAAGUAGAGGUUCUCGCUUUACCUUUUGGCUGCAACAAAACUUUUCCAGUAUGUAGGAAGGAAGGUUUGGCCAAUCCUAAAAACGCUUUUACAAAACUCAAGGGAAACGACACAAAUAUAAGAUCAACUCAAAAUAAGGAGACAUCUGAUACUUAUCUAGAUACUGAAACGCCGCUUAUUUUAACAGUACAUCAAGUUGUGCUCAUAUAUUUCCAGAUGCGGAUUGAAGCAUGUGCUAUUGUAUUGAUAAUGAAGAACCUGUGCAACAAAGUUAUUUCAUUGCUUUGUCACGUUACUUUUCCUCAUCAAGAAGAGAAAACCAAUAUCGUAACAAGACAGCAGAUGUUUAAAGUAUCGGAUGAAGAUGAUAGAAUCACCAAGCAUUCAAAUUGGACAAACCUAUUUCGGCCGUUACUACCUUUGAACGAGUCACAUAAAAUCAAGUCUAGUGUCUAUCCUAUUCUAUUCACCGAGGAAGACCUCCCUCAUGACGUAAAUCAAAAUGUCAUUGAACAGACAGGCCGAUUGAUUGAACCAGAAAACAUCCAUUGUACCUUUGAGACAAUUCCUUUUCCAGUCAGUAGUUCAGGUUCCUUAACGCAUGCGUGUCCAUUACCAGCUCUUGAAAACGCAGGAACAUAUCGAAGAGCUGAAAAUUAUACCGAUGAAGAGACUGAUGGCGCUGGUGGACCAACUCUUGUUCCGGAGGCAUAUGGAGGUACAUUGAACCAACAUUAUCAAGCUGCUCGGAGAAACAACGGAAACGAUCACAGAAUACUUUGCAUGAUGUGCCAACGAUUUGUGCGGAAAGUAGUAUUUCUUCCAUGCGGACAUCUACUGUAUUGCAGGCAGUGUGAUCCACAAAUCAAAAAUUGUGGUCAAUGCAGGAGUUUAAUCAUUCAGAAAGUGUUCAUUCAAGAUUAAAGCGCGGGCAUGUAGCCAUUGUGAGCGUCACUGGUAUGCCGUCUAUUGUCGUCCAUUUAUUUUAUUAGCAUCUCCUCUUGAAAACCUUGGCUGCCUUUUAGAAAGUAGGCAUCAAACAUUCUUGCAUUGACUGUUUUAGUUUUGCUCAAAUGAGCUUGUCUGAUAUCAGAAUGCAUAUGGACAAUCUCACAUAAGAACAUACGGCAUGAUAUUGUAAGCUCAACAAUUAUGUUAAAUGUCAGCGAAAGUAAGAGAUAAAAAAUGAUUGCAUUAUCACAUUUUACACUGUUGCGUUUACGGCCAAGGUAUUCGUGUAAAAAAAAUCACAAUAAAGCGAUAUUUAUAAAAAUUAUGGCACCUCCCAACUUAGAUUUUAAUGUUCGAAUACUGCAUCAGCUAAAUGUCGCCUUCAAAGUUUGUAAGAAUCUGGCCAAUCAGAUAUUGCCCAUCGCAUAUUUUACACGGGCUUACUCAUGGCAUGUAUAAUUAGUUCAUCAAUUGAAUGAUUCUGAAACCUUCGUCUACCUGUUUAUAUAUCCCCUGGUCGACUAUAACUUUGGACUUAGCUUGCUUUGAUGCCAUUACUCGAUGCUGUACAGGUUUUUAGACGGAAUUACUCUCGUUAAUGGAUCAUCAAUCUUAAACAAUAAGUGCAGGUGUGCUGUGAUCAUACUGUUUUAAAAAUGUUCAAAAGUCAGCAGCAGCCAGUUUUUUUAAUUGAAAUAGUGUCCACAGAUAACUUCUGAGAUACGUUGAUUUUAAGCUUAUAUUUACAAAUGCCGAUUAAAUGUAUAUCUAUCAUUGUUAAAAACACAUGUCUUGAAUGGACUCAAGUUUUCUAUAAAAUAAUUCUUCUAUGACAAAAUAAGUUCAAAUCAAUAAGAGUGUUGUAACUAAGAUAUUGACAGCUGGGACACUUCAGCAAAUGUUGAUAUUUGCUCAAAUAUCGUCUUUGAAUACUACAUUUUUGUAUACUUUUACGUACGGGGCUAAGCGAUUCGUUGUAGCAUGACAUUAUCAUAUGAUGUAAUCAAUAUAUUUUAAAUGGUCAAAAUUUCUAUCUACUGCUGAAUAAGUCUGUGUGGCCUUGUGUUUACGGCGCCAGUCUUCUAUGUUUAAUUAAUAAUAAAAAGGUGCUGUCAGAUGCUCUUCCGGGUAAACCAAUCUCUGGCCACAAAUCUGGCUGCAAUAUAUUUUAGUUAUUGCCCUUUGUUAAUUUAAAUACUACUUUUUGUCCAGAGCAUAACUCUUAAACUCCCUCGGGUUUUGGUUCAAACCUUUUAUACAGAUACAUCUCAUUCAGACGACGUGCAGCGCACUAAAACCAUAACUCUGACCGAGGAUGUUUUUACUUAUUGCCCUUUGCUUAUUUUCAUACUUUACCCAUGGCGAAGUUGAUAUUGUUGUUGAUUUGGCGGAGGUUAUAACAGUUUAUAACUGCUCUUGUUACUUUGAUGUAGUUAACAAUAUGCUUGACCUUCUACAGAUACAGCUUUCUUAAUUUCCUAUCUGAGAUUGUUUUGCUUACAUACGUCUUCAUUAUAAUUGUUUCAUUUGAUAGGUUGUAAAAGUAAGCUGAUUUAUGUUCCAUUGUUUGUAAUGCUAUAUACUGGACUAUCACAUAAGUUAAAUGCUGACAUACGUAUUAGUUAUAAUUGUUUCAUUUGAUACGUUGUAAAAGUUUGCUAAAAUGGGUUCCAUUGUUUGUAAUGGUAUAUACGUGAGUAUCAGACAUGUUAAAUGCUUACAUACGUAUGAGUUAUAAUUGUUUUAUUUGAUAGGUUGUAAAUGUUUGCAGAUUUUUGUUCUAUUGUUUUUAUGCUGUAUAAUGGAGUGUCACAUGUGUUAAUAUGUGCUCUACAAGCUUUAGUAGUAUGAAUGUAUGCGAUCUGAUGUCGUAAGUGUUUAAUGGUAUAUUUAUCAGGAUAUGGCAUAUAUAAAGUGUGAAAUAAUAAAAUCUUUUAUUUGUUUUAAACAUAUAUAUGUAUUAUUAAUUGUUGUGUAAUUGAUCAUAAGGCGUUUCCAAAGCUGUUUAAUCUUCAGGUACAAAUUAUAUUGUAUCGUUUAAAUAGACACACUUUACUGCAGAAAUAAUACAAUCAAUGAUAUAUGGCAUUAAUUUAAACAGCCUAAAUAUAACUUAUUAUUUGAACCGGCAUGGAAACAUUCCGGGUAAAAAAAAAUUAACGUCAAUCACACGCACUGUUUGUCUCCUUAUAUGUAAUUUUACAUGGUAUAGUUCGUUUCUUCCUGAGCACGUGUAUGCCUUACAGCCAAUAGAAAUAAUUGUUAAACGUAUACUAAGAUUAUUUGUUUGAUUCCGUCACGUCGGUCCGCCCAUCUGUCCGUCUGUACGUCCUCCGGUCCGUCAGGGUUUUGUAAGGUUAAAAGUAUUCGCAUUUGUUUAAGGAUAAAAGGCCGAAAACUGUUCGUUAUGUUGGAGGAGACACGCAGUGUUUUCGCUGACAAAAUGGAGAGUUUAAUGUGAUUCACUAACUUAAAACAAAGAGGUCCAAAUCACGAAUUUAUUAGCGCUAUUGUCAUCUUAUUGGACAAUCUCAAGACCAUUAAAAAUACUAAUCAUGUCAAUCCCUUACGCAAAUCAAAAUAAGUUUUAUGCAUAAAAUUCGUAUGAACUUGGUUAUUUUUUUAAAUAAUCAUCUUUAAAUUUAAACAUCGAUGGUUAUAUUACAAUUGCAAAAUGUGAUACCAUUGUACAUUAUUCGCUAAACGUGGAUACUUUGAUAUUGUUGUUUUUUAAUCUUUAAGGAAUAGAUAACAUUGUUUUCCUCCUCCCUAUCGGUUGCGCAAACCUCAAUCAUACCUUCAGUUGUUUCAACCUAAAAAUUGGAAUCUAUUUCAUUCUCAUAAUUAUUUAUUUAAUCUACAUGAUAAUUGGUUUUAAAAGUAUUUUACACAAUAGCAUUUACAAGAUAAACAAAUAUUUAACACACGUCUUGAUAUGAUACCACAGUUUCAACUGACUGUCCAUACCACUAUUUAAACUGACUGUCCAUACUACUAUUUCAACUGACUGUCCAUACCACUUUUUAAACAGACUGUCCAUACCACUUUUUAAACAGACUGUCCAUACCACUUUUUAAACAGACUGUCAAUACCACUUUUUAAACAGACUGUCCAUACCACUAUUUAAAUUGACUGUCCAUUCUACUAUUUAAACAGACUGUCAAUACCACUAUUUAAACAGACUGUCCAUUCUACUAUUUAAACAGACUGUCCAUACCACUAUUUAACUGACUGUCCAUACCACUAUUUAAACUGACUGUCCAUACUACUAUUUAAACAGACUGUCCAUACCACUUUUUAAACAGACUGUCCAUACCACUUUUUAAACAGACUGUCAAUACCACUUUUUAAACAGACUGUCCAUACCACUAUUUAAAUUGACUGUCCAUUCUACUAUUUAAACAGACUGUCAAUACCACUUUUAAAACAGACUGUCCAUACCACUAUUUAAAUAGACUGUCCAUACCACUAUUUAACUGACUGUCCAUUCCACUUUUUAAAUUGACUGUCCAUACCACUUUUUAAACAGACUGUCAAUACCGCUUUUUAAACAGACUGUCCAUACCACUAUUAAAAUUGACCGUCCAUUCUACUAUUUAAACAGACUGUCCAUACCACUAUUUAAACUGACUGUCCAUUCUACUAUUUAAAUUGUCUGUCCAUUCUACUAUUUAAACAGACUGUCAAUACCACUAUUUAAACAGACUGUCCAAACCACUAUUUAAAUUGACUGUCCAUUAUACUAUUUAAACAGACUGUCCAUACCACUUUUUAAAUUGACUGUCCAUUCUACUUUUUAAACAGACUGUCCAUACCACUAUAUAAAUUGACUGUCCUAAUACUAUUUAAAUUGACUGUCCAUACCACUUCUUAAACAGACUGUCCAUACCUUUAUUUAAACAGACUGUCCAUACCACUUUUUAAAUUGACUGUCCAUUCUACUAUUUAAACAGACUGUCUAUGCCACUUUUUAAAUUGACUGUCCAUUCUACUAUUUAAACCGACUGUCUAUACCACUUUUUAAACAGACUGUCCAUACCACUUUUUAAACAGACUGUCCAUAUCACUUUUUAAACAGACUGUCCAUACCACUUUUUAAAUUUACUGUCUAUACCACUUUUUAAACAGACUGUCCAUACCACUAUUUAAACUGACUGUCCAUACCACUAUUUAAAUUGACUGUCCAUUCUACUAUUUAAACAGACUGUCCAUACCACUAUUUAAAUUGACUGUCCAUUCUACUAUUUAAACAGACUGUCCAUACCACUUUUUAAAUUGACUGUCCAUACCACUUUUUAAACAGACUGUCCAUACCACUAUUUAAACAGACUGUCCAUACCACUUUUUAAAUUGACUGUCCAUUCUACUUUUUAAACAGACUGUCUAUACCACUAUUUAAACAGACUGUCCAUUCUACUAUUUAAACCGACUGUCCAUACCACUUUUUAAACAGACUGUCUAUACCACUAUUUAAACAGACUGCCCAUUCUACUUUUUAAACAGACUGUCUAUACCACUAUUUAAACAGACUGUCCAUUCCACUUUUUAAACCGACUGUCCAUGCCUCUUUUUAAACAGACUGUCCAUACUUUUAUUUAAACAGACUGCCCAUACCACUUUUUAAAUUGACUGUCCAUUCUACUUUUUAAACAGACUGUCUAUACCACUAUUUAAACAGACUGUCCAUACCACUUUUUAAAUUGACUGUCUAUACCAAUAUUUAAACUGACUAUCCAUACCACUUUUUAAAUUGACUUUCCAUUCUACUAUUUAAACAGACUGUCCAUACCAAUUUUUAAACAUACUGUCUAUACCACUAUUUAAACAGACUGUCCAUACCACUUUUUAAAUUGACUUUCCAUUCUACUUUUUAAACAGACUGUCCAUACCACUAUUUAAACAGACUGUCUAUACCAUUAUUUAAACAGACUGUCCAUACCACUUUUUAAAUUGACUGUCCAUUCUACUAUUUAAACAGACUGUCCAUACCACUUUUUAAAUUGACUGUCCAUUCUACUAUUUAAACAGACUGUCCACACCACAUUUUAAACUGACAGUCUAUUCUUCAAACAUUGGACGGGUAGCAAAAAUAAAGUACGGAACUCACAGGAUUACGUCACAAACAUGUUUUAUGGUCGAAUGUGACCGCAUAAGCAUUGGGAUAUGUCGCGCUGAUUUAGACCUAUGUCCCGAACCUCAUCAUCAUCAUCAUCAUCAUCAUCACCAUCACCAUCAUCAUCAGCAGCAGCAGCAAUAGCAGCAGCAGCAGCAUCAAAAACAACAACAUCAUCAUCAUCAUCAUCGCCACAACAACCAACACAACCACCACCAUAAUAAUAAUAAUCAUCAUCGUCAUCGUUAUACUACCUUUGUUUUAGAGCUUAUUGAAAAAGAAACCUGGGAUACACAUUGUAUAUUUUCUCAUGUUGUUUUCAAGUUUGUAUUUAUUUAUCUCCAUCAAUCCCAACCAGCUGUAUAUAUUUGUAUUUUCAUUGUUUUAUUUCAAAUGUAAUAUAUAUCAUAUAUAUUUUAAUCGGACACGUUUAAGUGCUUUGAAAGGUCUAUUACAUUCAUUACCAACUAAAACAAUACUAUACAAACAGUAUAAUCAUCUUUGUUACUACUUUUAAAAUGGUGUAAAUAUAUGGUUGUUCAUCACUGUGUGUUUCAUUUUAUUUUGGAUUUAUUAAUAUCAUCUCCGAGUUUUGUAUAGUUCAUACUGAAGGAGUUUUUAUUUUUGUAAAAUGAUCUCUAACUUUUUAACGCACAAAUGACGUUUGCAGGUCACAUUAAUAUCAUGUUGUUUUCAUGUUUUAUUUUCUGAAAAUAUCCCCAUCAUCUUCAUCAUACUUUACUUAUUCAUGAAUUGAUUGAAAAGAAUUUUUGGAUUCACAUCUUAAGUUAUAUAAUUGCUCAUGUUGUUUUCAUGUUUGUUUAUCUCCAUCAAUCCCACGCUUGUGUAUGUAUUGUUCGUUUGUAAAAAGCGCUUUUGUAUUGUUUAGUUUCCAUUGUAAUAUUAAUGUUCAUGUAGUGUCUAUCACCAAAUAUAUCAAAUAGAUCUGUAAUCGGAUAGUUUUGCAAGGUGUGCAACAACUACUACACUACACAUUUACUAUACAGUAACGAUGAGCCAAAAUGAACUUUCUAUUCUGUUCAUUUACAAAAUUAAGAAAAUUAUCAUUUUUUCAAUACGUAUGUAAAAAAAUACAGAAACAAGCUCAGUAGCCAUAUGUUUAAUCAUAAACAUAAACAUCAACUCUGUAAUAUUUUGUUUUGUUUUGUAUUUUAUUCUAGACUAAGAUUUCUUAUAAGUGUAUAUUUAAAGAAUGGAAUUAGUCUCCAAAAUAAAAUCACCAUUUUUUUGUAUUUGAGUACAUGUGUAUUAAUGACUUAUUAUCUCAAGGCUCUGAAUCUGUUUUUAUGUCUCCCCCAUUCAUGGGGAGACAUAUUGUUUUUGCCCUGUCCGUCAGUCAGUCCAUCAGUCCGUCAGUCAGUCACUACGUCACACUUCGUUUUCGCUUAAUAACUAUAGAACGCUUAGAACCAUGAACUUUACACUCUGUAUGCUAGUUGGUCUUGACUAGUAGAUGACCCCUAUUGAUUUUGGGAUCACUAGGUCAAAGGUCAAGGUCACCAUGACCUUGAGGUGAAAAAACGGUUUCCGCUCAAAAACUUAAGAUCCUUUGGGUCCAGGAACUUUAUACUUGGUAUGUAAGUUGUUCACGACUAGUAGAUGCCCCUUAUUGAUUUUGAGGUCAAAAGGUCAUAGGUCAAGGUUUCCUUCAGGUAAAAAAACGAUAUUUUGGCGGUGACCUUAAGCUUAAAAAUGGUUUCUGCUUAAUCACUAAAGAACGCUUGCACCCAGGAACUUCAUACUUUGUAUCCUAGUUGGUCAUGACUAGUAGAUGACCCCUAUUGAUUCUGAGAUUACUAGGUCAAAGGUCAAAGUCGCAGUGAACUUGAGGUGAAAAAAAAAACGGUUUCCGAUCAAUAAUUAAAUAAUGCUUGCACCCAGGAACUUCAUACAAUGCAAACUUUUUCCAAGAUUAAUCAACAACACUUUUUUCUCUUCACUUUUUAAUACAGGUGAAUAAACCAAACUUCACUGUUGUUUCGUCUCUAGUCCAAUAUUACAAAUUUCAUGUCCAUCAUUUAUUUUUUCUCAUGUACGACCACACAAUAGGGGAGACAAGCGCUUUUUUCAAAAAAACAAUCUCUAGUUUAUCUUAGAUGUAGAUAUGUUUAAUUAGGAUUUUGUGUAUAUAUUAUUAGCCUAUAAUAAAUAUAAUCACCA